AGUCUUGUUUCGUGCUUCAUUCAGUGAGAGUCGCGAUCUGCAUUGGUUGGUGCGCGCGUGCCAAAUACAACAAUUCGAAUUCGGCUCAGUGCAUCGAUCGUUUCGAUUCGAUUCGAUUUGAAGUCAAUGAAAUCGAAAACAAGCAAAAUUCCAAUCGUUAUUUUGUUAGCGUGCAAGUGAAAUCAAUUUGAUGACUCAUUCAUUCCAUUUUUAGUUGAAAGUUGUUUUUUUUUUCCACGAAUUUUGAGCAUGUAGUAUUUGUGAGUUUAUAACCGAAUUAUUUGAUAUUCAUGGGAUUUAGUGAGAAAAAAAAGGAGAAAAGGAAUGAGACCGUAAUUUGAAAGUGGAAAAUAGUGGGCGGUUGAUUUUGACUAUUCAAACGAAAAAAUGAGAUUCCGACGAAAUUGCAGAGAUAGUAACAUUGGGAUGAGUGAUUUCCAGCGAAACCAACAGUUAUUCGCUGGGGCCGAGUUCAAUCACCGCAAAUGCACUUAGUGCACGAAUUUGACGAUACAAACAUACGUCGAACCAUACAGCCGGAAGAGUGCUAUCAAACAGUGUAUGUAAAUUAAAGAAUGGAUUUUCAUUGUCGAAGCGAGGGUGACGCUCACCGACUCUGCCUCUGCAAACAUAUAUAUGUUGAUUAUGCAUUCAGUUUUGUGAAAUUUUGCUCUUUAAAAUGCGAUUCAAUGCGAUUAUGUUGAGCAUUUGAUUGCAAUCGUAUAUUAUUAUUAUUAUUAUCAUCGUGCUCCUGCUACUAUUGCUGCUGAUGUUGCCGUUACUUUCAUCGAAACGACGAAAGACAGUUAUCAUUUUCAAUUGGAUGAGAUGCACUCGUUCGUGCUCAUUUUCCAUUUCCAUUUUAUAACAAACUCAUAAUCAUAAUUCACCGAAUCAAAAGUUAUCAUUUAAGGCGUGCGCCCCGUCACCAACAAUUCUGUGUUUAUCGCAUUUUAGAUUGGUGUGUUUGAAUUCAACGAAAAUCAAUAGUUCACAUCGAUUUACCAUCAAAUUCUCUAAUUUAUGACAUUUUUCGGUGUGAGGAGAAAAUCGAAGGUGCUUCAUGCAUGAUAAGCAUAGCGUUUGCCAUUUCUUUGUGGAAAUCAGCAUCGAAAAUAAUUUCAAUGGGAGUUCGUUCAUUAUUCUAGGAUUAUGCCUAACAAACGAAUGCGAUGCCAAGAUGAAAAGAGUUUGUAAGCAAAGUGGCUGAGAGAGCAUUCAUGGAAUUUAAAAAUAUUUCCCCACGCACGAUGCAGCAUGAAACUACCGCAUCGGCCGUAAUCUAUGGCACGGCGAGAAUAAUGAGUGUUAUUCAAAGCUCAAAACAAGGUGAACAUUUGAACGACACUGACGAAUAUAAAUAUGAGCGCAAAAAGGGAAAAAAGUGAAAAAUUCGUGCGAAAAAGUGGUUAAAACCUUUCAAAGAGUGUGGGUGACAGUGAAACAAAGGCUUGAACUUGCAAUUAGUACCGCCGGUUUGGCGGCAACAACAACAACAACAACGACUGAAGAAAAAACCGAAAAAAAUAGAAAAUCAUUUGAGUGGAACGUUAACCUAAUUGGUGCAAUAUUACUUUUAGCGCGUUAGCAUAAUGAAAGUCAAAUCCGAGGGAGUGAUUAUGCAAUGUCAAUCGAAUCGACCGUAUUGUUUAUGGCACAUUUCCUACGUUCAACUGGCCAUUUUCGUUUGCUCUCUACUCGUAAGCGUUGAUUUGGCCCAGUCGUUGCGGCGCGGGAAUCUCCUAAUACCACAAACUUAUUCGCCCGUAAACGGCGAUUUAAAUGUGCAACUUCAGUAUUUUAGCCAAGAAAAGCAAAAAACCAAGCAGUUCAACAGUGACGAAUCGGUGGCAUUGAGUUCGGAAGAGGAUGAUUUUAUGAAAACAACGUCCGCACCAACAGCAAAACAAUCAAAUGAUGAUGUUCGUUUGCAAGUGAGCCGCUACAUUGGAACGAAUCGGACAACAGUUGCAAUACUCGAUGUGUAUCCCGAUCCACGGUUAAACAUCACACAAAUUACAAUUUCAUGUUUGAAUUUCCUAUUCGGCGGCACAUAUGAGCUUGAAAUUGUUGGCGGCAAUGAUGUUGACGAAGGUGCCAACACGUUGGAUAAUCGUGAUGAACGACUGCGACAGCAUUUAGAUGUAAGAUGGCCACAGCCAAAAUUGAGCGUUACUCCCGAAACGAUUGGAACAUAUCCGCAACAGCCAGUUGAUGUAAUACUGGAAUUUCCGGGCGUCGAAUGCAUCGUGCCGCACACGCAACUCGACAGUGUGCCAGAAUUUUGGCUCGAACUCUACUAUUGCGGUCACGAGGUGUAUUGUGACAGCGCCAAUGUGAGUAGCUCGCAAACUCUGUAUGCUGAACAAAUUCGCGGUUACCCAAAAGCACGUCUGCUAAAAUUGAGCUGCGAGCUAUUUGGUUUAGCAGGACAUUAUGUUGUUAAAUUACGACCGACCGGGCCAGAGGCAGCGAGUGUUUCAGCAACGGCUUAUAUCCAGGCGGAUUGGAGCGAACAAUUCGUAUUCAAUGUGCAUGCACGCAGUAUAUCGCCGUGCGAUCCGCACACCGGCAUCGGUGUUCUGUUUGAAUAUCCAGCUUGCAUUUUGGACCGAGCCGAUCGAAUUCGGUUAUUUGGCAAAUUACGUGCUGACGUUGCAUCACUCGCCCCACCGACAUCCCUGCACUAUAUCACCGAACAGCGAGUAGUUCGAGGUCAACAUGCAUUGCACUUUGACUGUGAUUUUUUCUCGGAAAAAUUCGUUGAAUACUGUUUUGUAUACGUGAGCCAAGCGAUAUCGGGAGCUGUGGCGGACGUUCGAAUGGAUUGUUUGCCAACGUUACCUGUUCGCGAUUCGGAACGCGGAGGUUGGGGACCGUGGAGCGAAUGGACACCAUGUUCAACAACAUGUGCUGUAGGCACACGAAAUCGAUACCGUGUUUGUGAUUCGCCACCACCACGGUACGGUGCAAUGUUUUGUGAGGGUCCAGCGGUGGAAACUGAAGAAUGCGGCGGUUCAAUAUCAGAUAGUUGGGAUUGCAUUUAUGGUGCUACGGGUAGUUUUUUGCCAUCGGAUUUUGCCGAUAGGCCAGGAAUUAAGGCCGAUCUUGGAUCCGACUGUCGUUGCGGAUGCAUCGUUCAUUUGACUGUAUCAAAACCGCGUCGAAUUAUCUCAGCAUCAGCACAAAGUUGUCCUGGUCGUACAUUUUGGUUGAUCCAAGCCGAACCCGGCUACCGAAUUCGAUUCCGAUUUGACUUCUUCCGACUCAUAUGCUCGGAUCAAUAUGUUCGCGUUCGGGAUGGUGACUCGUUGCUUAGUGAGUUAGUUGGUGAAUUCGUCGGCGGCACUUCAAAAAAUACCGAAGCAAUUUUGUCAAGCAAUUCUAAACUUUUAUUAGAAUUUUACUCCAAUGAAUUGUCGACAAUUGGUGAAUCGUGCAAAGGGGGCUUUUUAACACAUGCCCAACAAUUCCAGACAUUACAUUCGAACGUGACAGCGCCACGUACGAGCAAAGCCAUUAUGCCAAAAAUUAACACACCGACCACGUCGCGAAUUACAAUGGUGCACAUAAUCGCGAUCCUAUUCAGCAGUCUUAUAAUUGUGGUGAGCGCACUGCUCGGUGCACAGUACAUGUGUCGCUAUCGUAAAUAUCAAUUAGCUGAAAGUGCGGGUGAGCCCGAUUCGCCUGUGCACACGCCGCGUACAUCAAUGGGCUCAAUAGCAGCAGGUCAAUUGCCGUCGAGAGCCGUCUCUACUUCAACGCUACUAUCGGAAGUUGUGUCACUUGUUAAAAUACGACCACGAGGCCGAUGGAUGAAGCACUCACGGUUACGUGAAAGUGUCGAUGGUGAGGCUCUCGAAGUCGCUCUACAGAAUGGCAAAGCCCACAGUGACGAUGCAGCCAGCUUGGAAAGUACGCAUACUUUAACGAAUGAAACGUUUAAUGAGAACAACGAUGCAUGCGAAACGAGCGACGUGAUAACAGCACCGAAACGAAAGAAAAACAAUAAACAAGGCAGCCGAAUGAAUGGUGAAUGCUCUAAUGAGGCUCUAUCGCAACAGUUAUCGACGUCACCAUCGACAAGCUACGGUUGCAGCAGCCCCAGCAGCAUUGGUGACAUGCAUAUCGAUGGCAAGGAAGAUGACGACGACGACGACGACGAAGACAACGACGACAACCAUAAAAAUACCGGAAAAAUUUUGGCUCGUUAUAAGCGACGCAAUUCAAACAACAUCAAUUCAAUUAGUUUACCGCGCACACCGCUCGACACACCAAUGCCACGUCGAAGAGAUGGUUUGUUAAAGAAACGCAACAGCAACAAUAACCCCACCACCACCACCACCACCGUCACUGCUGCCACCGCCACCGCCACAAGGAGGUGCACCUUGGCAACCGAUAAAGACAAGCAAAACGAACCGACCGAUGCAAAAACUACCACUACCACUACCGACACUAAUUGUAAUGGCAAUAAUAAGGACAGUGGCAGCGAUGAUGUAGCAAGUGAAACGAAAAGUGUUAACGGUGGAAUGAGCUCGACGAGGAAAAAGCAACGCAAUCAUUUGAAUAUGGUGGGUAGCAGUAGCAGCAAUAAAGUUUUCAGCGAAGACAGUGAACGUGAUUCGGACUCGCUGGCGUCCAUAAAUAAGCGCACAACUUCAGCUUCACGCAAAAGCGACAUUAUGCGAAGACUCAGUGUCAGUAAUGCCACUUUACGAAAUGGUUGUUAUUCGCCAGCAUCAAGUGUAAUUAGUGUGUCAACAAAUCGCAGUGUGAAUAUUAAAGCGAGCAAAGAAAAGAAAAACCGUGAGAAACUGUUAGCUGGCCCGGGUUCGGAAUUCUCAUUGGCUCCCGAAGAUAUGGAAAUGGAUUAUUACGAUUACAACGUGAUUAAUGCUGGAGCAGCCCCAGGCAGUUACUUGGGUAUGGAUCCGGCAUAUCUUGUAUGGAUACCGCCACUAGACGACGGCACAGCACAUUCCGACGACGAAGAUUCCAACAGUAACGAAAGUGAUGUUAUGCACAGCGAAGAAGAGCCACAUUACGACGAAAUUUCCCCCACGUAUGAAAACACCGAGAAUCGCAACUAUGAACAUGCACCUGAACUACCGCCAAAAAAGUCCAUGUCGCCGGAUUCAAAUGAUUACAUUGAAGAAAGGAACAACGCUGAUUUGAAUAAAGUGUUGAUAGCAAGUGCAUUCAGUGGAGUUGAGGACGAAGUUGCGGCACCAAAAGGAAUUCGCCGGAAAAUGAGUGGAACAUUGCUUGCACGAAAAGUUCCCAUUGUUGUCGAUUCCAUUCCGAUGACCGAAUUUCGGUCGAAGAAAUCAAAUGACAGCCUACGAAAUGGCGUUGAAUCACCAGCUAAAGUUCAUCGUUCAUAUCAAAAUCAGGAGCAACGCUGCAGCUAUGCCAGCGACGAUAAAGAUAUUGGCACGGAGAAAGAGACAGCUGUUGUUAAAUCGCCAAGCGACAAAUUUCAAGACUAUUACGAAUUGGAUGACAUUCAAUUUGCCGAUGAUGACUCGGAGGACGAUGAAUGCGACGCAUUCACUCGCAACCAAAAUGACUAUACGACGACGACGAUGACGACAGCGACGGCAGCGACAAAGAUACGGCGCGAAGCCAAGAACAAUCACACUCUUUUCGAAAUGCAUUAGGGAAAUCUGUUAAACAAUUUGAAUAUUUUGCACAUUAAGCAUGUGACGUUAGUUAAAAUGGAAAAUGGAAAUGGAACGAUAUGUAUGGAAGUGAGAUGGGAAAAAAUUGUAAUUUAAUUUAUUAUUGCAUAAAAUGUAAAAUGUAGAGCUUUUCAAAAUAACACAUUAUAGAUGUACCUAUGACGACAGCAACAACAAAAACCAAAAUGAAACAUCAUGUAUUUUCAAUGUAAAUAAAUCCUUUCAUUUAAUGUGAAAAAAA